GUACAGCUAACGCCAAUGAAGUGCGACAGUGACGUCACGCGUCGCGCCCGGUGCUUACUGAAUCUCCAUCGAACAGCUGUCCGUUGUGUGCUUCGGGUGUCGGAUUCCAGUGUAGAAGAUGGCAAAAAUUUCAGACCUAUAUGAUGUUACUUGGGAAGAAAUGCGAGACAAAAUGAAAACAUGGAGAGAAGAAAACUAUCGAAACAGCGAACAGAUCGUUCAAGUUGGUGAAGAAUUGUUAAAUGAACAUGCUUCGAAACUUGGAGAUGACAUUUGGAUAAUACAUGAACAAGUGUUGAUUGCUGCACUGGACUGUGGCCGUGACGAUAUAGCAAUGUCUUGUCUGCAGGAGCUGAGAAGACAAUUUCCUGGCAGUCACAGGGUGAAGAAACUAACCGGCUUACGAUUUGAAGCUAUGGAAAGGUAUGAUGAUGCACUCCAGAUAUAUGACAGAAUAUUACAAGAAGAUCCAACCAACACAGCAGCCAGAAAACGAAAGAUCGCCAUUCGAAAAGCCCAGGGACGAAACACCGAGGCCAUCCGAGAGCUGAAUGAGUAUCUGGAACAAUUUGUUGGCGACCAGGAAGCCUGGCAUGAACUCGCAGAACUUUACAUUAAUGAACUUGACUAUGCAAAAGCAGCUUUUUGUUUGGAGGAGCUUAUCCUGACUAACCCACACAACCAUUUCUAUUACCAGCAGUUUGCAGAAGUAAAAUAUACUCAAGGUGGACUUGAAAAUCUUGAACUAUCUAGAAAAUAUUUUUCCCAGGCUCUGAAGUUGAACAAUCAGAGUAUGAGAUCAUUGUUUGGACUUUACAUAUCCUCUAUUCACAUUGCAUCCAACCCCAAAGCCAGUGCAAAAAUGAAGAAGGACAAUGUCAAGUAUGCCUCAUGGGCAGCAAAUCAGAUAAAGAGAGCUUACCAGAUUGCAGGUCGCAGUAUGAAAGAAACGCAGUUUUCAUUAAAAGCAGUAGAAGAUAUGCUGGAAACUCUGCAGAUUACACAAUCCUAAUAUAGACAGACCAACAAAUUGCUGUAUCUACUUUAAUUCAUGUGAUUUAAUUGUUAACUUUCAUCAAUGUUUCAAGCUAAUUUAAAUUAAAUGUUCCUUUUGA